AUGGUACAACUUUUCUCACCCACUCAAGAAAAGCUUCAUUGUGCCCUUUCUGCAGGUAAAAGUUCAUAGGGCAAGCCUUGGGUUUGCUUGUUUUUUAAUGGGUCCAGAGAAGAUUCCCUAGGGAAACUAUUAGCAAGCCGGCUCAUUAUACUGAGGCUGCUUCCAGCCUGCUACUUAGCAGCAACUUCAGGUUACGCAAUUUCUGUUGGUUGGGAGGUCCUCACCAAACAAGCUGACUUCCCCCAGAGACCUUGGAAAUCUGCCAGAUGGGUGACCCUGUGUUUCCCCACAUUCUCUGGCCCUAAUCUCAGUCAUGGCUAUGCAAGAGCAUCUGAAGGUGAAAGAACGUCAUCGCCGUCCCAUAACAGCUCUUGGCUACCAUUCAGCCCGACGGGAGUGCCUCACCGGCUUUGAAGGUGAGUCCUAGCUAGGGAGGUACAUUUUUCCAGUUCUUUGUGAGCAUUACAGCAUUAAAUUCUACCCAACUUCCAUGCCUGCUUUGUACAACAUGCCCAAAUCUUGGACAGUUACAUCACAUAAUAGGCCACCAUUUCCAUCCCCACAACAAGAGUACAGCCCAAAACACAGUAUAUCUAUCACCUGCACCAAGAGUCUGCUUUCUGUCUCAUCUACAUGCUUUCAGCUCAUGUCCUCAUAUGACCUCUGAAUUUAUGCUUGAGUUCUCAUCAGGGAAUGCCAUGCUAGCACAGUGCCCUCAUUCAAAACCCGUCAGGUUUUUCCUUAAGGCGUCGCUCUUCAAAUGAGCUGGAGACGUUCCUUCCGAAACGAGGCCCUAGCUAAACAAGCUGUAUUGUCACCCUUCUUGCCCUGAUAGAUGGAGUGAUCAAAUGGUGGGACGUGGAGAAUGGGCGCAUGUCCCUCUGCGCCAAGGAGCAUGCUGGCCGAGUCACCCACUUCCAGUCCUGGGUGCAGGCACGACUCCUCUUCUCUUCUUCCAAUGAUGGUUCUGUGCUCGUGUGGGCUGUAGGCGGCACUGUGCUUGACCGCAUCCUGGUAAGAACCACACCGUAUUACAUCCUGGGGUCAGGGCAGGCCAAGAGUAAUGACACAGUUGCUUUUCUGAAGUUUGUAAGUCAUUGCAUGGAAUUCACCAGAUAUCAUAGAACAGGAUUUACCAAACUCGAGUCUCCAGCUGUUUUUGGACUACAAUUCCCAUCACCCCUGAACACCUGUCCUGCUAGCUAGGGAUGAUGGGAAUUGUAGUCCAAAAACAGCUGGAGCCCCAAGUAUGGGAAACCCUGUCAGAGAGUGAGUGUGCUAAGCUCUUGCUGCUCAAGGAAUUCUGGGGAUUCCUGGGAUGCUACAGCUGCAAUUUAGGUAGAGAUCUCACUUUCUGCACCUACUAACUGAGGCUUCUGAGGAUAAAGGGGAACUUGCCCCAACCAGUAUUCCCACGAAGGGCUGCAACUCAGGAGGAGAGCACAUGCAUUGCAUACAGGAAGCCCCAGGCUCAAUUCCCGGCUUCUCCAGGUAGCGCUGGAAAGAACAUCUGUCUGACACCCUGGAAAGCUGCUGCCAGGGGGGUGCAGACCUGGAGUGCCUAAGCUGUGGCCUUCCAGAACUCCCACCAGCCCCAGCCAAGCCUCAGGGAUGAUGGGAGUUGUAGUCCAACAACAAAUGGAGAUCUGCAGGUUCCCUGUCCCUGGGGUAGAAGGCAGCUUCCUAAAUAUUGUUUGGCUAACUAAAUCUAAGACCUUUUCAGCUGGGGGAGGGGUAUUGUUUUUGUUAGUAUGCUGUACAUUUUUGUGUUUUUAUUUUGUAAACCACCCUGCAAUCUUCAGAUGAAGGGCCGUGUAGAAAUGUAAUGAAUAAAUAAAAUAUUUGAGCCCUUGAAGUGUAAUGUUCAUUCUGCAAAACAGGCAGUGCUUUCUUCUAGGGGGCUCUGAAGGGUUUUUGGUGCCAACACCUCCCCCCCAACACCAAAUGUUAAAAGUGUGGCACUUAAUGCAGCAACUUCAUGGUGAGUACUGGCACCUUUUAUUUCUUUUAAAAAAGCACUGAAAACAGGAUUAGAUUUUGCUGUCUUCUGGGCCUCGAGUGCCCUGCUGGUCUAACUCCAAUAAAAUCUAUAUAAGACCAGGCCUGUCCAGUGAGUCUUGCAGGGUGAGAACUAGGCAGUAUUGCCUUCCUGAGUCCCUAGAGCCUAUUAUUUUGUGCACAGUCUUCCUGCACUCAAGCCAGUCCCCGCUUCCCCCCCCUCCAGCUAGGCUACCCUAUCUUCACCUUGUCCAUCAGCCUGGCUCGGCAUCUCCUGCUCUGUGGCAGCAAGGGACGCCUGAUGGCUUUCCCUUUGGAUGAAAGGAGAGAAUCUGGCCACGUGGUCCACAUGGCCCAGGGCUUUUCCGAGCACACACACACAGACAUCGUGUCCUGCAUCGCCUGCCUGGACAACCAGAUAUACACAGCAGGGUAAGUUGGGAGUUGCGGGAGUGAAGAAUGGGCUCCGUCUGCAGAUGGGUUCAAAGUACAGACCCUCUGUGAUACUUACAGCUUUGUGAAAUGCUUCUAUCAUAUGCUACUCGUGUCCUGCAGAACCUUAUCAAACAGGCCCUGCUGGAAAGGAGGGAGAUGGUCUCCAGCAAGGGGACAGUAAUAAUGUGGUUUCUGGAUGACUGUGAAGGACAAAGCAGUGAGUCAUACACAUUUUCCCAAGGAGGGAAUCUGCAGCUCUGCUUUGAAACCAAAGCUCCCUCUCUCCCACCACGGGGAGGUUUAAGCCACACCAGCCUCGGAGUCCAGCUUCAGUAGAUCCAACAGUCCCUUCCCUUCCCAGGUAUGACAAGAAGCUGCUGAUCUUUGACACCUAUCAGACUCCAGGCAGGAAGGGCCUGACAACCAAGCACUGCAUCCCACGUGCCCAUCAUGCAGCCAUCACUCACCUGCUGCUGGUGCGGCAGCAAGAAACCACGAGGUACAAGCUCAGUGCAAAGGGCAGACCACCUAGGCCGUGGGAGCUGGAUAAUGGGUUGUGUGUGUGAAGGCAUUUGUCAAGAGGUGCUCUCCUGCUACGUGACCCAUGACCGGUCAGCAUCUAAUUGAUUCUCCUUCCCCCCAAACAGGAAAGCAGUAGGCAAGAGUAGCCAAUUGGGUACUAGCAGCAGUGGACUGAGGGGAGACUUUUGUGCUGAAGGAUAGUCUUAUGUACUUGCAUGGCAGCUUCCUGGUGCCACAUUCUUAUGUAGAACAGGGGUGGGAAGCCUCAGAACCGGGGCCAGGGGUAGACCUCCAGGCCUCUUUGAAUGACUCCUGGGACUUGUCCCAGGCCACCCACCUCCAUCCACAAGCUGUGCCCUUGACUGAUCCUGCUCUGCAUCCCCCUCAAGUGCUUUUGCAUGGCAAGAAUAUGCUGUUGAGCUGCGAUAAUGUCUCUUGUUCGCCUGGAUGUGGGCAUGUGUAGAAACCUCUGGCUUUUACUGUAGGAAAGGUAGGAGUCAUACCAGUGACUCUGCCCAUUUUUGCCUCUGACUCUGCCCACUGCUGGCAUGAGGCCCCAGGAAGAGAAUGUGGCCUCUCACUCGAGCUGAAAAAAGUUCCUCAUUCUGGCAUAAGGACAGGGAAACGAGACAAAGCAGGAUUCCCUCUUUAGUCACUUCAAAAGGGCAAAUCCUGCUGCCCAAAGAGAUCUGCUGUGGUGUGGAUGGAAGCAUUCAAUUGAAUGACAAGGAUGAGCUAAAUUCGCUCUCAUAUAUAGAAAGCGAGAAUCACUGUGCGCUGAAUGCACACCUACCACCUUUUAUAAUGUAAAUUCUCUUCCCUUACAGUCCUUAAUUCCUGCCUACGCCCCCUCUGAUUCACGUUUCCUAGGUUAUAUUUCUUCUCCAUUUUUUAAAUAAAAAAAAAUACUAUUUGGGUUUUGCUCCCUGCUCCUUUCCCUCCCCCUCCCUUUGCAGCUUCCUUCCUUUCCUGAGAAGUUAGCACGGUGGUGGGGAAAGGAGAAGCAGGAGGAGAUGCCUCCUUCUCUGAAUGGAUUUCUGUUGCAGAGGCUGGGGCUCUAAGUAGCAGAUCUAGAGCCAGAGGGCUCUGGAAGGAUGACGUUUACCACAAAGAGGAACUGGAAGCCGCAGGAUGUUACUCAAACCUCUGGCCAGGAGGGAGAGGCUUUGAGUGUGUUCCGCUUGGGGAAGUGUAAAAUAAGAACACUUCGCUUAAAGAAAUGUUAUAUUUUCUCCUGCUUUCAAUGAUUCACUUGAAAGGGAGCCUUGGGUUUAUAUAGAGGGUGUGAAGUCUUUGCUUGGGAAAUGUAAGCGCUGCCCUGCUCCUCCACUGCACUGCCAAAGUCCUGCUUCCCUGACCCUCCCUCUGGUCUGUGAUCUCCUCUGCAGGGUGCUCUCAGGUUCUUUUGACCAGACAGUUGGCAUCUGGUCCCAGGAUGGGAAGCUCAUCCAGCGCCUUGGCCCCUUCACCGGGAACAUUACUGGACUCUGCUUCGUGGCAUCUGUUGGCAUCGUCUGGAUCACCAGCGGCACAACCCAGCCCACCCUCUAUGAGCCUCAGUCUGGGGAAAUAGUGAGCGACUUAAGUGUGGCAUUUCCAUGUACACCUCCGCCUAAAGAUCAAUGAACUUGUUAUUAUAAGGAGCCCUCUACUGGUGAUGGAUUAGCAUUGUGUCCGCCUCAACUAGCAUAGGGAGGGAGGGCAAAAGCCCCCCCCCCCAUGUGUUUUCUUUCCCUUUCUGUCUUUGUGAAUUGUGGCCAAGAGGAUAAGCCAGCUGACUCUCUCCACAUAUACUGCCAGGCUGUGCCAAUCAACUCCCACAUUUGCCCGCAGUCUUAGUAUAUUAGGCGUGUGCAUUAAGACUAUAUAAGCUAGCAUUGUCCAGUUUUUUGUUUUCUUCCAGCAAGGCCACAGUCCUAGCAGAAAACAAUUGCUGCCAAGGGUUUGGCCAUGCUGUGCAAAUGGGGACCGAUAAGCCCAGGAUCCUGUUGCUCACCCAUGUUACACAUGAAGCAGGAUUUUGUAGGGUGUCUUUUCAUGGGCUGCUACUUCAGACUGCAGGAGUGAAAGUUGCAUGGGGCAUAUUCAAGUGUGCCAUCCUCAACCCACAGCAGCCUGAAGCAGGGCAGCUCACAAAAGCUUUAUCACUUGGUUCUGCAGAAUGUGCUAAUGUGCUAUUUUGUCUGGGACAGAUUUCCAGACUUGGAAGUCAAUUUAAAGCCUGCCAUGCAGCCUAGUGCUCCAUGCAUGGCAUUAUUUAACUUAUUGGUGGUUACCAGCAAAAGAUGCCUGGGGACCAGCGCCUUGUGAGGGGAGGGUACAAUAGUAAGCUUUGCAUGUCAAAAAAAGGCCCCUGGUUCAGUCCCUGGCAUCUCCACUUAAAAUGACCUAAGUAAUGGGAGCAAUCAAUUCCUGAGACCCGAAGGAGCUGCUGCCACUCAGAGUAUUAAAUACUGGGCUGGAUAGAUAAAUAGACUGACCUGGAACAACGUAUGUAACAUCCCCUGUUCCUAUGGGAGCUGUUCUAUGGGAUGAUUUUUCCUUGUAGAAUUGCCUGUCCUUAGUUGGCCUCAGCUCCUCAUAUUGAUUAGUUUUUAUCAUAUGAAAAAUUACCCAUGUCAAAAAGAACACUCUUUGAUGGAGCACGUUUCUUUUAACAAGCUGCCUUACCUUGACAGAUCAGACCCAUUUUGCCUGAUUAAUGACACGAUACAGAUGACAUAAAAACUAUACACAGACGUUUUAUAUUGAAAAAUUACUCUGAUCCUCUUCCAAAUGUCAGAUGGCAGAUAUACUGAAGAUUAAAUCCUGUCUCUUCUCAUUUCCUUAGCUGUUGUAGCCUCCCAUUCUCAAGGCCUCUUCCUGAACAUGUUUUUCAAUUGCUAUUUCCAUUGGGUGGAUGCUUCAAAAGCCAUUAGCGCCUCUAACACUGUAUUCCUGGAUCUGCAAACUCCCCCAAAAUAUAUAUUCAAAGAUUACAUUUCUUUGUAGCUUUCAAUACCAGAUCCAACUGCAUUUCACAGUUCCCUCCCAAGUUCUGUCGUGCUCAACAAAGCUCAAAAAUCCACUGAACAAGUGCCCCCAGCACAGCUCUUUUUGAUAGGUCUUUGAUCCCUAAGUAAAGAUGGCUCUUGUGUACCAUUCCACGUUUAUAGGAAGAAUAAGGAGAAACAGGUAUUAAAUGGUCAACCUGUUCUGAAUUCUUUGUGCUGAUCUGCUUUCAGGUUUCACAGUUCAUAUCCACAUUCCAAGGCCAACAGAAAGAUGGGCCUGUUCUUCAGCAGCUUCUCAGCCUGCCAGACUCGAGGCAUGUGAUAGGUGAGUUCUCCCCACAACAUCCGCAAUACAAGGCCUCAUCUGGUCUCUCAGCCGCCAAUGUUAGAUUCAGCACCUCUUCUUAUCUGUAGGCCAUGUCCUUUCAUGCAGUUAGGAGAAAAUAGCUAUAGUGGAAGAUACUAGAACAGUAUGGCACCCGGUGGUGAAAGCGUUGAAUUGGCAUUGGAGAUAGCCAGGUUCAUUCCACCACUCAGCCACAAAGCUUGCUGGGCCUCCUUGGCCAAUCACCCUCUCCCAGUUUAGCUUAUGCCACUGGAUUGUUGUGAGGAAAACAUGGGGUGAGUAAACUAUGUCUUUUGCCCUGAACUCCUUGGAGGAAAGUCAUGAUAUAAAAGUAGUAAAAAUUGAUUAAUUAGUACAAAAGAAAGGGCUUUCAUCACAGAAGCAGGCGGUGACUUUGGUAGGCCCGUGUGCUUAUUGCAUUCAGACCCAGCAUGAGUAUAGCACUUGGGAGAGACUAAAUGUUCCCAUGGGCAUCUGGUUAAUUGUUGUGGGAACAAGUUUUUUGCCUGAUCCAGCAGACUCUUCUUAUGUUCCUUAGGUUCCCACCACAGGUCCCAGAUUUAUAUCCAGAGAUUCUGGUUUCAUGCAAACAGGUGCUGUGAGAUCUAUGCAUGCUUUUCUAAUUUAACACAAGGCGAUUUCCCACUCAGCUUCUUCAGAGAUAUUAUGAGGCUCAGUGGAUGGCAAGAGCUUUUUAGAAUAACCCAAGUAAUUUUAAGAAACACAGAACUUUUCCUUCUUCCAGGCACAGCAAAGCCGCAGCAAAUACUCAUCUGGCGCUACAGCGAGUUGGGAUGCCUGACAGUGCUGCCUUGCAAACACCCCCUGGAGUGCCUAGCUUAUGGUAAGCAGCCAUAUAUAUCUCUAACUCUGCAACAGCUCCAGCCCCAGAUGCACAAGCUCCGUCGGGUAAGGUUCAAAGCUAGAAGAGCCUUAUUUGGCUGGGACAAGGGCCGGGGUUGAGUUUUAUGUGUCCAGCAAUAAAACUUUUGUCUGGUUUUCCGAAGCCCCUACUGCCCCUGCUUGAACUUCUUAAUGUAUCUCCACCAGCCAAAAAGGAGCCCGUUUUGCUCUUCAGUGGGGACAGCAGUGGGAUGCUACAGAAGUGGGAGAAGAGCUACAUCUCUCCCUUCAUCUACAGGUAAGGUUUCAUCCCCACAGACCAAGAAGAGAUGCCAGUCCCUGGUGUGUGACGUGGGUUGGGGAAGCCCCUAUUGCAAGGUACAGCAGUCAGCAGAGGCUGGCCUAAGAGCAGCAGAUUUCUGUUGGUAAGGAGAAGAAGCACAGCCCCUGCCAGAAGAGACUCUGUAGUGUAGCAGGUCUGUGCUAUUUGGUGUCCAGAUAGAAGCUAUCUACUGGUUUCCAGAAUAAUAGAGGAGCUUAACUACUAAAUGUGUUACCCUUGGUCAUUAGCUACCAUUGGCCUAGAACACAAGCCCCUGGAAGAGACGUGGUUGGAGGAAUGCUAUGAUCUGGGAGGAGUCUCCCUUGCCAUCUCUCACUAGGUCAGUGGGGUGUUGGACUACAACUCCCAUCAUCCCUGUCAAUCAGCCACCCUGGCUGGGACUGAUGGGACUUAAGAGUCCAGCAACAUCAGGAGGGUCACAAAUUUCCCAUCUCUGUGGUGGAGUUUCAAAAAGUUGUUCUUCUCCAGCAUCUGGAUCUAACCGUGUCAUGGUUAGUAAAGGUAAAGGUAAAGGUACCCCUGCCCGUACGGGCCAGUCGUGUCCGACUCUAGGGUUGUGCGCCCAUCUCACUUAAGAGGCCGGGGGCCAGCGCUGUCCAGAGACACUUCUGGGUCACGUGGCCAGCGUGACGAAGCUGCUCUGGCGAGCCAGCACCAGCGCAGCACACGAACACGCCAUUUACCUUCCCGCUAUAAAGCGGUCCCUAUUUAUCUACUUGCACUUGGGGGUGCUUUCGAACUGCUAGGUGGGCAGGAGCUGGGACCGAACGACGGGAGCUCACCCCGCCGCGGGGAUUCGAACCGCCGACCAUACGAUCGGCAAGUCCUAGGCACUGAGGUUUUACCCACAGCGCCACCCGCGUCCCUCCGUCAUGGUUAGUAGUGCUGUUCAAAGACGAGAUGCUUGCAGACAAGCAGACACUGGCCCAUCCUAGUCCCUCGUGCUCCCUGCCCUGCAGUUGCCCAUUCUCUUUUUUUCUUUAAGAAUAAUUUUUUAUUAACCGACCAAUCACAUCAAAUCAAACCAAAUUACAUAAAUUCCAAAUUACACAGCCGAAUUUUAAAUUUUUGUUGGGGGUACCCAUAUUUCAAGUUCCGAAGGGAUCCAAUCAACUUCUUGCUUCUUACUGCUGUUUUAAUGUCCACAAAUCUAACCUUAUGAUGUUCACAGUACUAUCCAGUCCUUUCUUAUUAUUUUUCCACAUCUCUUGUUGUUAUUUUCAUAUAUUUUUCCUUUCUCUUUGUGACCUCUGAUAGUCUCCACAAGCUGGUUAGAACAGUUUGUAAUCCUGUGUGGAUAUUAUUUUUUUUAUCCAGUAGCCAUAUCCAGAAGUUUUCCAUAUAAUAUCACUUCCAUACAUCAAAACAGUCUUAGCGUCAUUAAUCUUCACCAACCUGCCUCCUUUCUCAAAACCUCUGAGGAGAUUCACUAAGAAUGCAGUCUGAGGAACAAAUCCAUUCUUCCUCCCGGCUAUAAAUCCUUUGGCAAGAUGGCAACUCCGAAUUAAUUGCUGCGCCAUUCCCAAAAGCUCUUAUUGCUUCUUGGUCUCCAUAAAGCAUACUUUUGGUUAAAGUUUAUCUCCACACAGACCUUAAUCAUCCUGCUUGGGUCAGUUCAACCGACGGUUCUAAUGAGGAGGGGUUCUUGUAAAUCACAUAGAAGGAAAGUAAAAAUGUUUCGCCCCCCCAUUCAGCCCCGUUGUCAACAUACCCCGCCUUUGGUGUAUCUUCAUCGUAAAAUAUUCCUGUUUCUCCAGCCCGUCGUCUUCUUUCGCAGAGGUCACUUAAAUUAGCAGACUUCACUCCCCUUCUUCACUUGAAAUAUGUGCAUUUGCUUCUUUUGUAAUUAAUUAUUCCAAGUUGCUGCAACCAGUGCGCAAUCAGAGACAGUGUCCAGGAGAGCCGAUGUCCACAUGGGGGCAUUCUGCCUAGGGCCCUCACCCCCUUCUUUCGAAUUAGGGGGUGAUUUAUGGGCACAGCAGGCAAGGGCAGUGUUCCCCAUUUCCUUGGGCAACAAGGGAGGCUGCCUACUCCCAUAACAGCCUCUUAAUUACCCCGUGUGGGUCGGAGAGAUGGUAUUGUCGGCCAUCUUCCAAUGCGCCCCCUAGUGGGCCCCCCGAGUUGCCCAUUCUCCACCUGCUCCAGUCAUGCAGCCCCUCAUGCCGUUGUGAGCUCCCAGCCUCAGCCACAACCCUGUCCACAGCCACAGGUCUACACUCCCCCCCCCCCACAUCCUGUGUGUCUCUUUCUUUCAGCAGGGAGUCCUUCCACCUAAGUGAAGCCCAACUGGAAAGAAGAGGCCCCUUGGCACAGCAGAGGGAGGAGGAUGGCAAGGAGAAGCCACAACUUCGUCCAGAUUCCCCUCGAAAGCCAGGAAAGGCCUCCGUUGGGCAGCAGAGUGGCUACACCAGGUUCCAAAGUGCAGCGAAAGACAUGCGAAAAGGAAGCAUAGGCUUCACUAGGUAACUGUCAUUGUGCUCUGCCCAAGAGUGUGUGCUACUGUAGCAGAGAGGCAACAGCAUGAUUUGUCUUGAAGAGACCGAGGGACUUCCCUUUCUUCCUUGGGGAUCAGGCAGACCUUCACCAUUUGCUUUGCAGCAGGGCUGGACAACCUGUGAUGCUCCAGAUAUUGUUGGAGUCAUGCUCCCAUCAUCCCUUGCUAGUAUGACUAAUGGUCAGGGAUGAUGGUCACCAAGCUGGCCAGAACAGGGCAUGAUUUAAUUUUGGGGGGAGAGUUGGCUUCUGUAAUGUUGGCUGUGAAAUGACAGAUGAAAGGUAGUUGCUGCCUUGCUAACGAAGCCCUGGGCCUUUGCCAGGGCUCUCUUUGCUGAAGAGUUGAAUAUCCUGGUGGUGUCGGCAGCUGACGGGAACAUUUAUCUCUGGGAGUUUGAGAGCUUCAUCCCAGAAGUUGAACCUUCUGCCCAGGUGAGUGCAAACCGCUGUCCUAGCCUCUGCUUCUUGGAUGGAAGACAGAAGACAUGUGCUUGCAGGUAAGCCACAGGAAGUGAAUGGCCUCUGUCCUCCAAGAUAAGAAAGAUAAACCAGCCAGCCACAUUUAUUUAAGCAAGCCAACUAGGAGCCGCAUGGGAGCACAGGUUUUGGCUCAGAAAAUUCCCUUGGAUUACAAACAAAAGAGAAGUGGGUGACAUUUCUCCUAGAGAAAGGCUCCCUUAAUGGUUUGCUAUUUUCAUCCCAUGCUGUAGCAAUGCCCACCUGUGUUGGAUCAAAAUUCUGAAACAUUGGCAUCAAGCUGUGUUCAAGAUGAGAAGACCCAGGGCACUUCAAGCAGUUGUGUAGCAGGUGAAGAAAGUGGUUUGGAGUAAACUCAGAGGGGAAAGAAAAAGAGAUGAUGCUUCAAAGGUGCACAAAAGUAAACAUUGAAUGGCUCAGUGCACUUUGAAUGUAUCCUUCCACAAGUACACUUCACAGCCCAAUCCUAACCAUGCCUAGUAAGUUCUAUUAAAUUCAGGGGGGCUUAUUCCCAAGUAAGUAGGGUGAGGAUUGCAAGCUUAGAUGGAAAACAUCGUGUGGCAUGGCUGGAUCAAGGGUAGUCUGAGACAAGCCAGUAGUUAGGACUGAAGAGUAAGCCAGAACCAAAUGAAAACUUGUGAGUCAGAGUCUAGAAGGAAGAUCAGGAGUGGCAAGCAAGUCAGGGCCAAAGACCAGCCAAGGCUGCAAGAACCCACCAGAGCUCAGGAAGACUUUGUUGCUCAAGCAAGCCUCAACUGGACCAGGAAGCCCCUUUACACUCUUUGCUGUCUAGGAGGCUCCAAUAGUCAGCCUGAGUGGGUGGAGUCAUACACUGAGAAGCUACCACCUGGAGUCACCAUACAAGGCAGCUGUCCUGGCAGGCCUAUACCAUGGUCCGUGGCCAAAUGAACCAGAGCACCGUAUAGGACACUGGGGUCAUCCUCACUUCCACUUGCUCUGCCACUCCCCACUCUCCCCCAGAAAACCCAUGGUUUAGCGCUGAAUCAGAACAAACGGCAAUCAGGUUUUUUGUGGGUUGUCAUUUGUUCCAAUUUUCCAGGGGUUUUCCAGGGGAAAGCAACAGGGGACAGGCAAAAUCAUUUGGACUCAUGCCUAGAAUUCACUGAACAAGUGGAAAACCACUGAGACCUGUGCUUUCUGGACACAGGGCAAACGAAAAAGUGGCAGAGUCCACUUGUUGUACACCUAAGUGUCCCUGAUGAAUUCUCCCUUCAAACCAUGCUGGGGCACUGAAUGUUUCUCUAGUUUAUUUCAUCUCCCCGCCCUUUUGUUUUCAUUUGGUACUGGUGCCUCCCCUCCUUUCUUCCCCUUGGAGUAGGGUCUAGCUGGGGAUAAAAAGCGCCGCAGGCUCGUUUUUUGGGAAGCCACCUUCUGAGUGUGUAAGAGAUUCCGGUCCCUGUUUUUUCCUCUUCUCCAUCCUGCUACUGCCUCUCUCAUGCCAGUACUGCCUUAAAUAGGUUUCACCUGCAGAACGGUGCUGUGCGGGCACACAGGCAUGGUGACGGCACUUGCCGUGGCAGCCGGCGAUGCUGGACUAUACUUCCCCUACCUGGUGAGUGAACCGUAGAAUGGACUUGGAUGGCAUUGUAUGAGACAGCCCAGUCUCUGUUGAUGGGCAGCAGGGAGAGAGUGGAAGAGAGUGAGAUGCUGUAGGAAGACCCUGCGUGGCACAUGUAGGGAGGAGAGGGGAUGUGGGUGAGUGCCAGUGCCAGAGAGAGAGAGAACACACACUGCAAGGAGGGGGAGGGGAGGGGCAGCAUUGCAAAGCAAGACUUCACCUUGCUGUAUUUCAUUGUAGCUCAGUGGAGGAUGGGAUGGAAAGCUGUGUCUUUGGGACCUGCACAACCACUCUUUGCAAAAUGCCUUUUCCAGUCUACCUGAGGACAAUGGGCCCAUCCUGGAUAUGGCCUACUCCCCAAAGAGGUGGGUGAUUCUGUCUGCCUGCUUAUUUGAAAGGUGGGGAAGCCACAGAAUGUUCUCAAACAGCACUUUGAGGCCUCCCAAGGAGGAGAGAUGUAUUGCUGAAAAGUGGGGGUGGAACCUAAUCUUUGGGUCCAGGGCCGCUAAAUCGAUUUUGCCAUGUCUUUUGCCAUCCCCGCAUCCACAGCCCACACCCUCCUGGCCCGGGCAGGAGGGAAUUUGCUUUCUCUUCUAGCACUGGCAGAGUUUUUAUCUGCGCUUUCAAUCCUCACUGUGCUGAUCUGGUGCUCCUGGCUGAGCUCUGUGGGCACAAAGCCGCUGUCGUAGCCUUGGUCUGGCACCCACUAGAGGACAAGUGGGUUAGCGGUGCUGAAGAUGGCUCCAUUCGGCUCUGGGUAAGCCCUUAAUCAGGUGGUGACUUUCAUAUGUUGGGUAUAUUCACUAGCAGGGAGGUAGGAAAACUUUGGGCUAGUUGCUGAAGAACUUGGUUGAAUUUCUGGACCAAUAAGUUUUUGGGGGAAUUAUACAGAUCAGGCAGAAACAUUUUCCGGGGAAUGACCAGAGAGUCUUCCUCCAGCAGCAGGGAUAAUAGGAUUUUUCUUUUUACGGUUCACACAGAGCGAAGAUGGUGGAAGCUGUGUGCAGAACCUGAGAGCCUCCAGAGGGAUCACUUGCCUCUGCAUCGACCAGGUCAAUGGCUGCAUUCUUGCAGGGGUCCAUGAUACCAUCAGGUAGCUCCUGCAUAAGGAGGCUGGUGGUGGAAAGGAAAGGGAUGAGAGGCAGCACAUCUUUGAACAGGCUGAUGGCUCUGCCUUUUUCUCACUGCAGGGUUUAUGAUCCAAAUUCUGGAGUGCAGGUGCAAAGUUACACAGGGCACCAAGAUUCCGUCAAGGGACUCAUCCAUGUCCCAGAAAUGGAGCAGGUAGGAGAGACAGGGACCACCCACCAGGGGAAAAGGUCAAGAAAGCUGGGGGCUGGGAGUUUCCUCACUCUUAGGUCCAAGUCAUGAAUGGACCAGCACAAAGCAAUGCAUAUACUGUGAUGGUGCAUAUUGGAGCCAUGUGCCUAAUCUGUAUCUAUCAGCAUCCUGUUCAGAGAGCCAGCUGCAUGUUGAUGACAUUUAGUGAGGUCAGGCCCACUUUUGAGCUGGGCAGCACUACCAAAAGAUUGUCCCCAUGCUGUAUUCUUGUUGUUUAAAUAGGGUAUUAUAUUGCACUUCCAGUCCUCCUUCAAACAAACUAGUACUUAAUGGAGAGGGGGAAUUGUAUCCUUUUUUAUUUUAGAAUUCAAAGCAGUUUACAAGACAUUUACCUGUCAUAGCACAGCCAAGGGGUGGACUGAAGAAAUAAUUACCUGUUUUCUGUUUCUGUCUGGCUUCACUAACAGUGGCUGACAAUAAGCUGAAUCCUACUGAGGGAGCAAAUAUGGCUGCCCUCCUCUAAGUUUGUAUCUAGGCCAGCAAUAGCCAUCCUUUGUGGAGCAGGCAAAGGCGGCAUCUACAAGCUAAGAAAAUGCCUCAGAAGUUGCUACAAGAUUCUGUAGUGUAUUCUCUGUUCACAUGGGAAGCACUCAGAUCCUGCUUGUGGAUUUCCCACGGGCACCUGCUUGACAGCUGUGAGAACAGAAUGCUGGAUGAGAUGGGCCUUUGGUCUGGUCCAGCAGGCCCUGUUCUUAAGUUCUUAAGCUGAACAUGGGAAGUCAGAUGUGCACACAGUGAGUUGGCUCACCGCUUAAGCCAUGAGUGUGCCUCUCAGAGCCCUGAGGAUAUUGCUGAGGAUUCUGGGGCACAGACUUGAUUUGUGAACAGCCAGCCAUGCCAGAAGCAGAAUACAUAUGUGGCUUAUAGCGUUGUUCCUUGAAUCAUGCUGGGUGUCUGACCAAAUGUCACUUGGGUCUUUGGCCAACUAAUUUUUUUUUUUAGCGUACUCUUUUAAAAAAAGCAGCUUCCUUACUGAUUGCUUUAAUGCAAAUCUGUCAGUUGUGGAGAAGUACACCCACACACCCACAUGCGUAUCAGGAAGGUGCAAUGUGGCAGGAGGAAAUCCUGUUCUGAUAUCCUAGCUUGGCUUGCACUGAUAGUGGAUCCCAGGCUGGUGCCGCCCACUCUAGUCUGCUAUGCAGUUGAAUGGGAGACCAAUGCAGUCUGAAGACCCACAUGAGUGAGGACUAUCGGUGACCGAUGCACUGCAUGGAGACACUGAAUCCAGCCCCAUAGAGGGUGCUGACGCUGUUGCACCCUGACAUGUUCUUCUCUCUGCUUCCCUGCAGUAUGUGUCGGUCUCUCUAGAUGGCACAGUGUGCAUGUGGAAGGCCUAUCGCCCGGGGGAGCAGCUCAAGGCCCAGGUCAGGUGGUGACUUCAAUCUCCUGCUGGGUGCUACCCAGGACCUAGACUCUGAGACUCUCAGCUUCCAUUUUAACAAAGAGCACAUUUCCACCCUUUGUGGUUGUGCAGGAAAGCUUCAAAAGACAUCAGACAUGUGUUCAGCAUGCUCAGACGCUAGUGAAACAGCUAGGUGGGGCUUCCAGUGGUCAAGGGUGAGGCUUCUUGUGCUCUGCUGCUUCCUGUCCCCUCCCCAUAGUCCUUGCUUCUGUGUCUCUCUUUCCUCCCCUUUUACUGCCGUCACAGUCCCUGCAAGCAUAUUCUGUGAAAUGACAUUUGCAAUGAAAAUAACUUGUGCCGACCAAGAACAUACAAGCUAAUGUGGAUAAUUAACUGUGAUCUUUUCUUUGGUGCUGUCUUCGGCCCGUGCCCAUGUCCUGCUGUACUUAAAUUAGAUUUGAGCUUACACAUUCAAGGCAGAAUGCAAGAACUUCAAAAGGCCAGGCACAGCCAGUGAUUAGGUGCCCCCAGCCAGCCUGAAAUGUGGCAGGAAGCUUUCAUGUCAAUGAGUCAUCUCUGUAUAAGCAAUUUGCACUCAUAUUCUAAGAAAUAAUGCAGCCUAGCCAGGAAAGGUUAAAAAUUAAAAACAGCAGUAAAUGCUGAUGCAUAUUGAUUGAAAUUCUUUUCCGGACACAUGAUCAAAGUUGUUAGUGCAGUAAACACGCAGCUGUUAGCCACUGGCUAGGCCAGGGGUAGGCAACCUAAGGCCCGGGGGCCGGAUGCGGCCCAAUCGCCUACUAAAUCCGGCCCACGGACGGUCCGGGAAUCAGCGUGUUUUUACAUGAGUAGAAUGUAUCCUUUUUUAAAAAAUGCAUCUCUGGGUUACUUGUGGGGCCUGCCUGGUGUUUUUACCUGAGUAGAAUGUGUGCUUUUAUUUAAAAUGCAUCUCUGGGUUAUUUGUGGGGCAUAGGAAUUCGUUCAUUUUUUUCUUCAAAAUAUAGUCCGGCCCACCACAUGGUCUGAGGGACGGUGGACCGGCCCAUGGCUGA